AUUUCGCCGCACUUAUAAUUAAAUGUCGGUCGCAACGUGAAAUUUCCGCAGAAUUCUUAAGAAAAAUUAACAAAAAUACCGUGAAAAACCCUGAAAACUUGAUUAACAAAAACUCUAAAACAACACAUUUUGUUAAAUUGUUGUUAAACAUAAACAAUUUUGUGAAAAAAACUUUAUUUGACAAUUAUAAACGAAAAAAAAAUACAAAUUUGAGACACAAACAGAUUAUUUAAGUGAAUUAUACAAAAUCUGUUUCUGCUUUUAAAAAAGUCGAGAAUUUAAAUUUGCCAAGAAAAAAAAAAGAAAGAAAACGUACAAGAAUAAAAAAAGUUUAGCAACCAUAAGCUGCGUGUGCUCUAUUCAAUUAUGACGCAGCAUACGCAACCAGUUGGUGCUGUUCAACAUCAACACCAACAACAUCAGCAGCAACAACAACAGCCGCAUCAACAUCAACAGCAGACUUCUACACCACAACAACAACAAACUACAACGACACUAAACACUAACAACAAUAAUAAUUCAAGCAAUAAUAACAAUUCUACUUCGACGCCUACAACUUCAAAUAUCUCAGCUAAUAGCAAUCAAACUCAAACUGUAGCUGUACAACAACAACAUCCAAACAACAAUAAUAAUAGCUAUCAAUCACAACAACAACCGAAGGCCGCUGGUGGCCAAAUGUUUAAUCCACAAUUACAAUCUGGAAACUUAUACGUACCAACACAUGGUAUGCAAGCCGCCCAUCAUCAUCCACAACAUCAUCACCAACAGCCGGGUGCCAUGUAUCAGACAAUGAUACCAGCAGCCAUACCAAGUAAUGUUUAUGUCAACAAUGUCACCGCCAAUGUUAAUCUACAUGGUUGGCCCCAUACUGUACCGCAUGGCGCCUGGGUACAUCCCGGCGGUGGACCACAUUAUAUACAUGGAGAUUUCCCACCUGAACAGGGUGCUUCAGUCCUUCAACCUAUGGGUGCUAUGCCCGUUACUGUGCAAACACAAAAUGCCUUAGGUGGCGGCCCAAUAAUGAAUCCAGGCGGUAAUCGAGGAUCUCGCAGUGGUCGCGGACGUGGUGGCGCUAAUGGUUCAAGACGCGGUGAUUAUAAUAUGCAACGACACCCCCAACCAGAGGGCAGUCCAGCUCCACAACAAUCCUUGCAAAACAAUCAGCAAGACAUGCAACAGCAGCAUCAAGGACAACAGCCAUCGGAUGGACAGCAAAUGAUGACAAGCUUACCGCCAUCAUAUGUGCAACAUCCUCAAUAUGCUGCUCAUGCAUCGCAAUAUCCGUACGGUUAUCCAACCUACUUUGCACCGCAACAACACAUGAUCCAUCCUGGCCAAAGUGCUGCAGCUCAGCAGGCUACCGGUACACCACUUUACUUUUCUGCUAUGCCAGUCUAUAAUGGAGCACAUAUGUACAACUAUGGUUACUAUCUGCCGCCCGUAAUGAAUCAAUCGGAGUAUCAGUAUGGCGAUGAAGUUGGCGUUGGUGGUCCACUGGGCGAUGAACGUCAGUCGGGUGUUGAGGGUGGUGCCAUGAUGUGGCAUCAACAGGCCAUGUAUCCCGAUGAAUAUGGCAUGAGUCCAGCUGAUAUGCAUGCCGUCUCCGCAGAUGAUAUGAAUCACAAUGCCUCCGCAAUGGGUUCGGCCAAUGAAACUCCCAAUCUUUUGAGUCCCAACUAUCCACCCAUGUAUGAACAAAUGACACAACAAAUGGGAGUUAUGCACAUUUAUGAUGAUCCUCAAAUGGGUCAAAUGCAAGUAAUGCAUCCUCAAGCGGGUGUGUCACAGAUGGAAGAAGAAUUAUCUGAAUGUGGUUCACAACCCUCGGCACCCAUACAGAUGGUGCCACCCAUACAAAUGGUACCAGCUGCAGCAGCAGCUCCUCCCAUGACCCUGCCAGCUGCAACUAACGAACAAAUUAUACAUCAGCAAACACCACAUCUUAUACCUGUUGCAGGUGGUGCUAUAAUGCCAAUUGAAGAGACAAUUACACCCAAUGCAACACCUCAGCAUCAGAUUCAGCAACAACCACAUCAACAACCAUCACUUACUGGGGAUAAUACUAUCGAUAGCACUAUACAAACUUAUGAAAAUGUUUCGAACAUACAACCGGGCGAAUCAGUUACCAGUCUCAAUGAAGAGAUUGUACAACAACCUGUGGACAAUAUAGCAAUAGGCUAUCAACAACUGCCUCAACAGCAGCAGCAAAUCCCUACACAAAAUGUUUUAGUGGAAGCCGUACAAUCAGAUAAUUUUAACAAUAAUAACAAUAAAAUAUUAAUGACUGAUGUGCAAGAUUUGCAGGAGGGCAACAAUAACACGUCCAAAGUAACAGUGGCAACAGUAGCUGCUGUUGCCACCCCCAGCUCUGAUGUUGCUAUAGAAACGGUAGCAACAAUUGUCUCAGCAAAUAAUCAGCCGCCACAGCCCAUAUAUCAGCAGCAACAUUCGCAGGAAAAGCACCAUAAACAGCAACAACAAUAUGUGGCCAAACAAAGUGUACCUCAACAACAGCAGCAGCAACAAUAUCAACAUCAACAAUUGCAAACCCAGCCAAUGCCAGCACAACAACAGCAAGCUACAACACAACCACAGCAGCAAACCCAUUACCAAGCUCCAGCACAACAUCAUCAUCAACAACAACAUCAGCAGCAACAGCAUCAUCAGCAGCAAACAUACGAAAAUCGUAAAUCCUCUCAAAUGUACAAUCAACAACAUCAAUCACGUAGUCGUAAAUAUGACUACCAUCAUGGUCAUGGUUCGACCAGCAGCAACAGUGAUGCUUCCUCCUCCCAUCAACAACAACAACAGCCAACACAACAAACAACAACUAAAACUAUGUCAUGGACAAAUUCCUCACAGCAUAAGAAAUCAACGAAUACAGUGGCUGUAACAGCAACACCCACCUCCAGUCACUCGAGCGGCAGCUACAAUAAACAAUCAAAUGCCACAAAUUCGUCCAGCUCACAUACACAUGCCACCCGGACCUAUACCAAUCAACAACAUCAUAAUUAUCAACAACAGCAGCAGCAGCAGCAACAAAACUAUCACUAUCAACAGCAGCAGCAACAUCAGCCCCAAACUAGAAACUAUGGAGCCAUGAAAAUGCCUUCUUCGCCCAUUGCCAGUGCACCCAGCACUCUGGAACGUAAAACCAGUCAAUCAAGUGAUACUGGAAAGGGUCAGCAGCAGCAGCAACAACAGCAGCAAACUACAUCAACUGCCUCCACCACAGCCGCACCCCAUCAAUUUCAACAGCCACAAACUCAGCAGACAUCUACCAAUGAAGUUGUACAAACACAGUCCACAACAGCAGCCACUGUUAGCACAGCUGGUUCUGUCACUACCACUACCAUAUCUUCCAAAUCACAACACUAUCCACCAGGAUUCGCUACUAAGAAACAUAGUUUCUCAAAUCAGGGACACAGUGGUUCAAGCGCUACCCCAAAUACUGUGCCAGCAGCAGCCACCAGCAGUGCUAAUGCAGUGGAAACUCCUACCACACCAGCCAUAAAUUUGGCACCACCAGUUUCCAGCACCACACCAGCAGCACCCUCCACACCCUCUUGGGCCAGCUUAUUUUCCAGCAGCGCAAAUACUGCCGCCCCUACGGCCAGUUCAAACACAGUUGCCUCGGCCUCGGCUACUAACUUAAACGCCACUUCAUCAUCUUCUACUUCAACCUCAACAGCUUAUUCGAAGAAGCCCAUAGCUAAAGUUGCCCCCUAUGAGGGUCUUACACCUGUAACUCCCCCGCCACCAGUGGUAACUCCGGGUACCUUAUCCUACUCCGCAGCCUCGGCUCAAAAUCUACCAGCCCCCACCGCCGCUAGCGCCUCAACAACUGCCGUGGCCAACAAGAAAGAGCAACAACAAUCACAACGCAACUCGCUGUCCAAUCUAGAUGAAUACUCAUUGAAAUUUGCUGAAUUUUUAACAAAAUACAAAAGUGACUGGGCCACUGUUAGCCUGAGACCACGAGGUCUAACAAAUCGUUCCAAUUACUGUUACAUCAAUUCAAUAUUGCAAGCUCUGUUGGGCUGUUCGCCUUUGUAUAAUUUGAUUAGAUCCAUACCAAAACAAGCUGCCAAUUUGUGUGAGGUUAAGACGCCCACAGUUAAUGCCAUGAUAACAUUUAUGUCCAACUUCUCUAAUCUGCCCAGUGGUUUACGUUUGCGUAACGCCAAGGGCGGCAAAGGUAACAAAGAUGAUUUGGGUGGUGAUUUACAGUGUGAUCCAGCCUUUGAGCCAACUGAAAUCUAUAAAUUAUGGAAUGAUAGUCGUGAAGAACAUGACGAGGGAAGACAAGAAGAUGCCGAAGAGUUUUUGAGUUAUAUACUCAAUAAAUUAAAUGAUGAAAUGUUAGAGGUUAUAAAACUAAUCGCCAAACCAAAUAACGAACAGAAUGGACAAAAUGAGCCAGCAGAAGAGGAUGGUGAUGUUUGGCAGAUGAUACGCAAUAAUCGUAAUAAGGGCAGUGUUACACGUCAAACUGAUUUUGGUUGCACCCCAUUAAGUGAUAUAUUCCGGGGAGAAUUACGUUCACAUUUACAGCGCGAGGGAGAACAUUCAACAGAUGUUAUACAGCCAUUCUUUACAUUGCAAUUGAAUAUUGAAAAAGCUGCCUCGGUCAAGGAGGCUUUGGAAAUCUUAGUAGGCCGUGAUCAAUUGGAGGGUGUUACUGGCAGCAAGAGUAAACAGGAGGUAGUGGCCUGGCAACAGAUUAAUUUAGAAAAAUUGCCGCCCAUUUUAAUAUUGCACCUUAAAUGGUUCGACUAUCGUUCAGAUGGCUGCACAAAGAUAUUGAAGAAGGUUGAGUUCCCGGUAGAACUUAAAAUUGAUGCAAAAAUUUUAGCUUCCAAGAAGUACUCACAGAAACAACGAGCUUAUCGUCUGUUUGCCGUUGUCUAUCAUGAUGGCAAGGAGGCCACCAAAGGACAUUACAUCACUGAUGUCUAUCACACUGGCUACGGCAGUUGGCUGCGUUAUGAUGACAGCUCUGUUAAGCCAGUCAGUGAAAAUCAUGUCCUAUUACCACGGACACCACGAGUACCUUAUUUACUUUGCUAUAGACGCUGUGAUACCAUACCACAGCAAAGCAAUAACAAUCAAAAUAAUUCAUCAGCCGGUAAUAAUAACAAUAACAAUUCAUCAGGUAAUACACAAUCAUCAUCGGGAAAAUAAACACAAAACUGACAACAAAACGCCAAAAUUCAAAACGAAAUGAAAUGAAAGCACAACGAAGGUUUAAUAAGACAAAAACAACAAAAAAAACUCACACACAACCUCCACACAGAAGCAAAAAAAAAAAACUCCAGGACAGGAGGAGGUGUUGUGUACAGCUAAACAAACUAGAAUACAUAUAAUCAUAAGGAAUAAAUCACUAAAAAAAAUAUAUAAGGUGAUUUUGCAUGAUAAUGAUGAUGAGAUGAUGAAAAUGAAUACAAAACAAACAAACACCUUAAUUCUUCUUACAGGCUUAUGAAAUUGUUCAUAAAUUAUAUGAAAAGUGUUACCAAGGAUAAAGAAAAUUACAAAACAAACUUUUUAAUCCAAACAAACAAAAGGCCUGUAAGAUAAACAACGAUUAUGAUGAAGAUACUUUUUUAUUUUUCUUGUUUUUCACCUUUUUAUUUUUAUAUACAUAAAGCUAAAAUAUUUGCA